GAGCACCGCCUGCCAAUGCUCUCUGCUGAUCCUAUCUUCGGGAACGAAGCUCGGAUUGAUAUGGACUUGGACUUGGAACCCGAUGAGCCUCCACCUCCGGGACCGCCGAGCAGGCAGACGAUCUACAUCGCGGACGAGGACAAUACCGUUAGGUUCAUAGGCUACGAGACCCAAUCUGCUCGACAGUAUCUCUGGCGACUUGGCUGUAUCUUGACUUGCGGUAUAUUGGGUCUGCUUGGCCAUUGGUUCCCACAUUUCUGGCUGCGCUGGGUGGCGAAGGAGAAAGCGUUCAAGGAUAUCGACGACGGGUUUGUCGUUGUUGAGACUGCCUACAGAGAUAUUGCUUUAUUCCCCAUCCGAAGAGUUCAUUAUCCGUAUUACAUUUCUACAGCGUUCCCGACUGCUGGGGUCGAGUCGGGAGUCCAGCAGACGGCAUCUAUGGCAUCUUUACCGAAGGCUAACGGAAACGCGAAUGGCAAUACAAGGGAAGACCCCGCGGAUAUAGUAUUAGAUAACCUUGUCAUUGUCGACUAUCGAUAUGCUAGAUUUGCUCUUGAUCCCCGUUCUGGCUUAUUUUCUAUGCUGAAAGACUGGAGGGACCCUUCUUGGAAGGGGGUCUGGAGCGUACGAAAUGGCCUGCAGCAACCUGCGAGACAUCAGCGGUGGAUGCUCUUCGGUCCCAACGUUAUCGAUAUCGAAGGCAAAUCGACCGCGUCUCUCCUGAUAGACGAGGUCAUCCAUCCUUUCUACGUGUUCCAAAUAGCAAGCAUUGUACUCUGGUCCUUGGAUGAUUAUUACUACUACGCGUUCUGCAUCGCUCUUAUCUCAGCUAUCAGCGUGACCACGACGUUGAUCGAGACAAGAAAGACUAUAGCUCGCAUGCGUGAAAUGUCACGGUUUUCGUGCAUGGUCAAAGUAUAUGUGGAUGGCGGCUGGACAGAAAGGGACUCCACGGACCUUGUACCGGGCGACAUCAUUGAUCUGGUUGAGUCGCAGCUUGCUCUCUUUCCGGCGGAUAUGUUUCUCCUCUCGGGCGACGCUAUCGUGAACGAGAGUAUGCUCACCGGUGAGAGCGUCCCUGUCAGUAAGGUACCAGUCAAGGAUCAGGAUCUGGCGAGAUGGCAGGACAGCCAGGAUGUCAUCGGGGAUAGCGCCAAGAGCUUCUUGUAUGCCGGGACAAGGGUUGUCCGCGUCAGGUCUGCGUUGGCCGCGGAUGGAAGCGUAGGUAGUGCUGCUCUCGGCUUGGUAGUCAGGACUGGGUUCAAUACGACAAAGGGAGCAUUAGUUCGCUCCAUGCUAUUCCCUAAACCUAUGGGGUUCAAGUUUUACAGGGAUUCCAUCCGCUUCAUCAUGGUACUCGCCGGCAUUGCCGGACUCGGUUUCUGCGCGAGUGCGGUUCAGUUUGUCAGGCUUGGAAUUCCGUGGCACACCAUACUCCUGCGCGCUCUUGAUUUGAUUACUGUGGUCGUACCUCCAGCGCUUCCGGCAACACUGUCAAUUGGAACCAGCUUCGCAAUCGGUCGACUGCGGAAAGCGGGCAUCUUUUGCAUAGCGCCGAGUCGCGUGAACAUUAGCGGCAAGGUCAAUGUCUGCUGUUUCGAUAAGACAGGCACAUUGACGGAAGAUGGGCUCGAUAUCCUCGGUGUCCGUGGACUAGAACGCAGCGCGCAGAGGUUUGGAGAACUCAUUGAGGACGUGCACGACUUGCCUAUGUCGGAUGCCAAGGCGAACUUCCUCUAUGCCUUAGCGACCUGCCAUUCACUGAAGGUAGUCGACGGGGAGAUCAUUGGAGAUCCCCUGGAUGUAAAGAUGUUUACGUUCACGAAGUGGACACUGGAGGAGGGUCAUGUUGCCGGCACUGGGAAAAUAAAGGGAAAAUCCAGUGGGGAGACUCGGCCUGCUGCCCUGGUUCAGACCGUUGUUCGACCUCCAGGAAGCGGCCAGUUCAAGCUUGAAGACGCUCUCAAGGGUCCGGCGAAGCAUGCGCAUUUUCUUGAGCUGGGCGUCAUCCGUACAUUUGAAUUCGUCUCGUCCCUACGAAGGAUGAGUGUGAUAGUCAAGCGGCUGAAGAGCAAUAGUAUGGAGGUGUUUGUCAAAGGGGCGCCGGAGGUGAUGAUCGACAUCUGCGACAAGGAUUCAUUCCCGGAAGAUUAUGACGAUCUACUUUCGUACUACACGAAGCGUGGAUAUCGUGUCAUUGCCAUGGCUGGGAAGAGCAUCGAAGGGCUAUCGUGGCUAAAAGCUCAGAGAAUGAAAAGGGAGCAAGCAGAGUCUGGACUUCGCUUUCUGGGACUGAUCAUCUUCGAGAAUAAGCUGAAACCUGGGACGACCCCGGCAAUACAGGCGCUGAGGAACGCGCAUCUCGCGAUCAGGAUGAUUACGGGCGACAAUCCUUUGACAGCUGUCAGUGUGGCCAGGGAAUGCAAUAUCAUCAAUCAGGCUGCACAUGUGUUUUCUCCUAUUUUCAUUAGAGGAAAUGCCAUGACUCGCUUUGCAAAGCUGGAGUGGUUUUGUAUGGAUGAGCCAGCUUGGAAACUUGACGAUUACAGCCUGAAGCCUUUGACACCCCCUGCUCACCGGUUGGUCGACGCGGAGGAAGUAGAUUACCAGGACUGCGCCCUGGUGGUCACUGGAGAUGUCUUCAGGUGGAUGAUCAACCAUGCACCUCUGGAGACGUUACAACGCAUGUUGGUGAAGACACAGAUUUUCGCACGGAUGUCUCCCGACGAGAAAAAUGAGGUCGUAGAACGACUUCAAAUUCUGGGAUACACGGUUCUCAUGUGUGGAGACGGCGCUAACGAUUGUGCUGCGUUGAAGGCCGCAGACGUGGGGCUUUCUCUUUCGGAAGCGGAGGCGUCUGUCGCAGCGCCCUUUACCAGUCGUACUCCGGACAUUAGCUGCGUACUGGAGGUCAUCAAAGAGGGUAGGGCAGCUCUCGUCACCAGUUUUAGCUGCUUCAAGUAUAUGGCACUAUAUUCACUCAUCCAAUUUACGACAAUCACAUUAUUGUAUUCCUUUGCUUCAUCACUGGGAGACUUCCAGUUCCUAUAUAUCGAUUUAUUCAUAAUCAUUCCGGUGGCUGUCACGAUGGGCCGCACACUUCCCUACUCUCGUAUUCAUCCGAAACGACCCACGGCUAGCCUCGUGUCCAAGAAAGUAUUAGCAAGUAUAAUCGGUCAAAUUGUCAUCACAAGUGCGGUACAAUUCUGGGCGUUCUUUUGGGUCCGUUCCCAGGAUUGGUAUACCCCACCUCGUCAAAGCGGCCCUAAGAGCGGUGAUGACAAUCAUUUACAAGCCAGCAAUUACGAAAACUCUGCGUUAUUCUUGGUGUCAUGUUUCCAGUACAUCCUAGUGGCGGCUGUUUUUAGCAUAGGGCCACCUUACCGGAAACCUAUGUGGACAAAUGGCUGGCUAAUGUCUGCCGUCAUCGGGCUAUCUCUGUUCAAUAUCCUGGUGUUACUGCGGCCUCCGAGGUUCUUGUCUGCAAUUUUGGAACUCAUGACGCUACCAUUCUCCGCAAGGAUCACACUAUUCCUGGCCGUGGUCCUCAACGUUGCGCUCUCUAUGACCUUCGAACACUGGGGGACGCAGUUCGUCGCACAGGCCAUUGGCGUCGUGAUGCAAUUCUUCAAGGGACAUCGACGUGUCCGUGAAGGCAAGAUAUACAAGGCUGUCGAAGGUGGCAUGCGAUAGUAUAUGUGGCGUGGCUGCGGAUGACUUCCCAGCAUCUCUCGCUCUGUUGCUAUUGCAACGAGGAUGUUGCAGCCGCAGUCCUCACGGCUUGACGGUGAUCGGGUGAUUGAACCGUCGGCCGGUUGCUGAGAAGGGUCUUGCCGGUUGUACGAGGCAUUAGAAUCCCGCUGUAGAGGGACUACAAGCUUGUUAGAGGAAUUCGUAGUGGCGAUAGGUGGCAAUACAAAUAUCAGUUGUCGGA